AUGUCUCACGCCCAGAGGAUUCACCGACAUGUUGGUGGACUAGGAACCGUGGUGUGUCUCAUGCUACCCCUCCUCCUUCUGAAGCGCGUCCAUUGUCGUCUCCCUCCCCACAGUCCCCGACGUCGUCGUCACAGUCACCGCAACAGCCCUUUGGUACUACAGAGACAAGUAGCAAUCGAAUUUGGGGGUGUUGGCGUUGGAGGUGCUGGUUCUGUAGGUGCUGGUUCUGGGGGAGCUGACGUCGGGGGUGCUGGAGGUGGAGGUGCUGGAGUUGGAGGUGCGGGUCCUGGGGUUCUGCAGCCAGAGGUGCUGAAGCUCGAGGAGCUCACACUGGAGGUGCUAAGUCUAGGGGUGUUGGAGUUGGAGACCCUUGUUACCUGA